AAACAAUAUGGCUGCCCCCAUGAAACGGUUGUGCAAUUUAACUUUGUGUAGUCCGAUUUAACUGGAUGUUUGAAUGCACAAGUCAGAAGACUCGUAAAACAAAUGGAUGAAGGUGAAGGUCACACAGAUCUCUUUGGUGGAGCUCUUUCUGCAGUUAUACCAAAACAAGCCAAAGAUGUCAGUACAAUACGAGAAAUUCCUGACAACCAGGAAAUAUUUGCCCACAAUCUGACCGAUCAGAGUAUUAUCGUUGAGAUUUUAGAAUAUGUUGACCAGGAUGAUGAAGAGGCUGUCAAGACUCACUUUGAUGAUCUGGCGGACAGUAAUGAUGCUGUGAGUGCCGACGAUUCCCAGAUCCAUGUCGUGGAGGUGAUUCCCGCCGAUCAGCUGGCCAUGGCUCAAUGCGAGAAGGCGUUCUACGUUCGCGGGCAACAGAAGAUUGCCAAAUUCAAGGAGGCCGCAAAGAACACCGUCAACAUCCACCUCGGCCUCUUCCGGCUACCGGCCUUCACCACCGACAUCCUCGUCACAUUCAACGACCCCGUCAACAUCAAUCCACACAGCAGCAGCCACAAGUCAGUGGCUACGUCCGCCGACCUCUGGAUGGACACGGACUUCAAACAACUCUUGAAAUCAUUGAAAAUCAACGACACGGCCAUUUUCGGCUAAACCUCACACUGGUUUUUUUUUUAAGUUGAACAAAUGCGGUUGACACAACACGUUUGGUUUGUCGAAUGCGCAUCGAUGUCCUCUGGUGCGCUUUGAACUGGAAGACAUCCAAUAGCCGAUGAUUAAUUAAUCAAUCAAUCAGUAGUGAACGGGAAGUGGAUUCCUUGAUGUUAACCCUCGUCACGCCGGCCGCGAAAGCGCAUUGCUGCAAAACUGAUGCAAUAAACAGAAUACGGUUGUGAUACAAGAGGAGGGUCCUAUUCUUUCAUUAUGACGUCAUGUUUGGGAAUCUGUCAUUGCUUUCGUAUAACUGCAAGCAAUUAGAAUCGCAUUCUGUCAUUCACCGAUGACACACCAGAUCUGAACGACAAAACCGUAAUACGUGACCAGGGCCCCUUUUUACGAAACGAUCUUAGCGCUAAGACCAUCUUAAGUGCAUAGCUACCUUAUGCACUUGUGAUGAUCUUAGUGCUUAGAUCGCUUCGCAAAACGGAGCCCAGGGUCAUAUCUCUUGGGCAUUUUGGCAAAAUAGUGGCUCAUUGUAUAGGAGGACAGUCACUCCCGGGGAGAUCCUUUACUGGAGAUUUUACCCGUCAUUGAAAAAAACACAACCCAGCAGAACUGGAAGUCAAUUCCAAGUUCUGGUUCCGUUUUAAUUUCGUUAAAAAGAAAACCACAACGAAAUGAGCUGGAUGUGAAUUCCAACUUGCACAUAGUAAUAUAAGGAUGUUCAGUAGAUUAGACAUGCAUCAAAGUACUUCGUAACCGAAGAUGAUGUUGGAACAACUGAAAGAUAAACCGUACUCAGUGCGCAUCACAGCGCAUUUAGUGUUUCAAAUGUUUGGCAUGUCAGCAGUAAAAUAAUGUAUGCAGA